ACAACCGCAGUUCGUGUAGACUGUAGUGCACAUGCAUGCACAGGGCGGAAUUUUUCAACCGCACUCGCCUGACGGACCGUCGCAAUGUCUGUCCUCCCGAGGACUACCGAACCCGUCUCCCUGCAGGACUACAUUGCAUCGCUGGACAAAUCCACUCUCCCCAGAAUAUUACAGAUUUGCUCAGGCGUGUAUUUCCAAGGAUCCGUGUACGAGCUGUCUGGCAGCGAGGUCUGUCUGUCCACGGGGGACCUGGUUAAGGUCAUCAGCACUGAGCUCCUGAAAGUCUCCUGUGAGGAUGUGGACACCAAAGAGACCUUCGAUCUGCCACUCAGUUACAAAGGUUCCUUUGAGCUGCUGCCAGAGUGCCUGCCCUACUCCACAGUGGAGGAGCUUGUGACCAUGGUGCCGGCAGGGACAGGGGAGGACAGGUCUUUCUGCUUCGUGAGCCACGUGGACGUGUGCUACGACGGGCUGGUGGUGCGCAGCGGGGAGCCCCUGACCUUCAUCAGCGUGGUGGAGCGUAGGGGCCGGCGGGCAGCUCACUGUAUCAUGGACGGGGAGCAGGAGCAGGUCUCCCUGCACAUCCCCCUGUCCUGCCACGGGGAGUUCUACGAGUGUCUGGAGGAGCAGAGCUACUCCUUGUCCCAGCUCCUGGCCUCCCCCCAGCUCUGCUCCCGUCGGGUCAGGUUGUGCAAUCCCCAGGGCCAGUCCCGGGGCACGCUGCUGCUCCACCCUGUCUAUGAGAUCCAGGCCAUCAUGCACUUAAGAAAGAACUUAGUAAAGAUACCCUCGACCCUGGAGGUGGAUUUGAUAGACGUGACUGAACAGUGCCGAGACGUGACCUUCAUCUCCCCCCUAUCCCUGAGCGAGAUCCUGUCCCAGCCUCACGACGCCUUCCCAACGCUCUCGGAAAUCCUGGAGGGACCUGAGAGCCAGCCUCUCUUCAAGUGCGAGUGGCUGCCAGCACUGCGGAAAGGCAACCACCUCCUGAUCCAUGGAGCUCUCCACUCUAAGAUGGUCCUGGCCUCCACUGUGGCUGGCAAAAAGCCCAAGAGGUACUUCCUGAUCUUGCAGAGCUACGGGGGGCGCUUCCGGAGGAGACCCCGAGAAUUCCACACUGUCUACGACCUCUCUGUGGCCGCCAGCAAGAAUGCAGGCAUGAAAGUCACCGUCUCCAAGUAUUGUGAGAGCCUUGACGAGGAUAUCCCUGCCCUGAGUAUUGGAGACCAGCUGGAGGUGCUCGAUCAAAGCCAGGUGGACGGUAGCUGCCUGGGAAAAGAGCCGGGGCUGGUAUGUAACCGGGUAAGCGAUGAAUGUGAUGAUGAUGAUGAUGAGGACUGUGAGCAGAUUUCGCUACCCAUGUACCUAGAAGGGAACUUUCUGGAGAAGAUCAGCGACCACACGAAGUACAGUAUUCGGGACAUCUGUGAGAAAUUCAGUCUGCCCCUGGAUGUAAAGGUGGUGGUUCGGGACCCUUCCUUGGAGAAUGAUCUCCUGGGCACCUUCUCCACUCUGCGGCUGGAGGAGAUCACCCUGGAGCCCACCGUGCUGGCCAGCGUACCAGCUGCUCCCGAGGACUGCUUCCACUUGCCUGCCAAAUGGAUCAACAUGUCAGUUUCCUUCACCAAAGACCCCCUGCCCUGGGAAAAGAACAAGGCCCCUGUCCUGAAGCAGCAGUCCUUAAUUGAGGUGACGGACAAUUUCUACUACGAUUUCCGCAAGCUCACUGUCUCAGACACGGCCCCGCCCCCCAGGCCCCCCAAGAGGAGGACAUCUUCGUCAACAGUCCCGGAAAAGACUAAGGGUCUGGCUAAAGUCCUACCCCUUCCCUCUGUGGGGACCAUUCCCCCCAGACUGGCCAAGCUCACCAUCACAGAAAACCCUCCGAGGCUGUGCCCCUCUCCGACUCUUCAGAGCUUCCCUGACAAGCCCCCAGAGCUGGCUCCCAGGAGACCCAAGGGGAAGGGAAAGGAGGCCUCCCGCCGCAACGUGUACACCAAGACCCCCAAAGCCAGUAAGGACAAGAAGGAAAUCAAAGCAGCAGCUUCCGAUGACGACAGCGACCACGAUUACGAGUUAAUUGAUGACUCCAUCAAGAGCUCUCAUGAAGCUAUACUGUUCUACUGAAAACACAGCGGCAGUGGGUGUGAUUUGAGGACGUCUUCUCAGCACCCUGAAGCCCUCUGGGCGUCCUGUUUGAUGCCUGACUGCUGUCUAAACCCCCUGCAGUGGAAGUGCUAGCCCAGCCUGCCAGCUUCCUCCGAACGUUUUAAACUCUUUAUGCUUCAGCGUUGCUAUCUGAGAUAACAUCCGCAGUGACUGUUCAGUGAAGCAGAGCACUCGGGGUCCAUCACCAAGAUCAUUAGGAUUAAGAUGUAAAAAUAGAUUGUAUAAGUAUCCUUUUUUUAAGUUUAAUCAAUAAGGCACGAGAGGGCAAGGAUUGUGCUGGAUAUUGUCACUUCUUGGUGCGUUGAAGUAUUUGUUACCAGAAUAGAAAUCUCUAAAGAUAUUAUUUAACUGUUCUUUGUAAUUAAUUUAAAGUCAAAUUGUAUAUUAAUUUCAGAAAGCCAGUCAUUAAAGUUUUAACUGUGUCGUGAUGUUUGUUUCACUUCAAGUUUUUUCUAGCAUGUCAAUGUUACAGUUCUGUAUCUCAGCAUGGCGGGUUCACUUUUUCUUGUUGCUUUUAUGAAUUGACUAUGAAUUGCGAAUUGCGACUUCUUCAGUAACCCUUCUUUAGUUGUGAUGGGCGCAGACUGUUCACUCUGUUUUGUAAUGUUGUUUUUGUACUGGAUUGUAUUAGCCUGAUUCUUAAAGCAGUGGAACCCUGUAAAGGGCAUUGCUGUCUGGUUAGGAAUUCAAUGACAAACGUUUCGACUAGACGUCUUUUUCAAUGUUUUCAGAUUAAUAAGCAUGACGGUGUGAAACUGGUUAGACCUUUAUUGCUAUUUUAAACAUUAAAAUGUUUCAUCAAUGA